AUGCCUCCCUCUAUCGAAGAAAUCAAAAGGUUGGACGAUCCUACGUCAACCGAUUUGAUUGAUGAGAAGGAUUAUUCUCCCCGUCUCACCUCUCCCGCUUCUGGAGAACCAAUUCACUCUUCUUAUACUCUUUCACCUCCGCCCUACGAUGUCAAAAGUGGGGAACCAAUCCCUCUGAUCGCUGGAUUACCGGAAGAAACUCAACAAUUCACCUUUCGGGCGGUAGCAGUUGGAUGUCUCUUAGGUUCCGUCGUCCAAGCAAGUAAUAUGUACUUGGGCUUAAAGACCGGGUUUACUUUCGGAGCUUCGUUAUUCGGUGCAUUGUUCGGAUAUGCACUUCUCAAGCCUCUUUCUCGUCUGUCGAUCCCUAUCCUUGGGGGUUAUUUUGGGCCACGUGAAAACUGUACCGUUCAGACGGCGGCAACAGCAAGCGGAGGACUUGGAAUAUUAUUUGUCUCAGGUGUACCUGCGAUGUAUCAGCUCGGUCUUCUCUCUCCAAACCCCAAAGAUGACUUGGGCAAAUUGAUACUCUUCACCAUGGCGGGUGCAUUCUUCGGAAUGGCAUUUGCAAUUCCAAUGCGCAAGCAUUAUAUCCUUCGACAGAAGCUUGUCUUUCCUACACCGACUGCUACCGCUCUCGCCAUUCACGGUCUUCAUUCAGGACCUGAGGGUGAAGCAGCUGGCAAAAAGCAAGCUAUCUGCCUUGGGCUCGCAUUUCUCAGUUCGAUCUCACUCCGUGUAGUCAGCCAAUACAUUCCAGGAAUUGUUUGGGACUGGCAUUGGGGAUGGUGGCUGUACAAGCUUGGCGCUAAGGGAGCAAUUGCCGCCGACAACUGGACUUGGUUUUUCGAAUUCACUCCGGCCUUUUUGGGUUGUGGAAUUCUCUCUGGACUCAACGCUUCUCUUUCGUUUUAUCUUGGAACUGUCUUGGCUUGGGGAAUAAUCGGCCCAGUGCUAGUUGCGCGAGGCGUAGCAUUUGGACUUCCUAGAGAGGCCGAAGGACUAAUCUCUUAUCAGGCUAUGAGCGCGGCUUUUACAACGGCUGAACAUCCUUCCCCAAGAUAUUGGCUUCUUUGGCCUGGAGUCAUGCUCAUGAUUGUUGCAUCUUUCACGGAGCUUGGUAUGAAUGGACGAAAGAUGAUUGGUGGUCUCUCAGGUUUGGUAUCAGAGCUUUAUCGGGUAGUCGCACGCCGCGAGAAAAAAGUCGAUGAGAAAAACGAGGACGACAUUCCUGAUCCGGCUGAGGGUCAACUUGUACCCGUAUGGGCUUGGGCAUCACUUUUAGUGGCAUCAGUUAUCCUUACAUGUGUCGUCAUGAAGCUUCAAUUCCAUGUGAAACUUGGGGUCACAAUCCUCGCCAUUGUUCUUGGAUUCCUUUUCUCCUUCAUUGGCGUUCAGUCUUCCGGGGACACAGAUAUCAAUCCAAUCAGUACUUGCGCAAAAGCUUCACAACUCUUGAUCGGUGGUGCAACAAGGAGUUACGCACAUGCAACUGAUGCACUUACUGUCAACCUUUUAUCGGGAAUGUUGGCUGGUGCAGCAGCAAACCAGACAACAGACAUGGUUGGCGACUUGCGUACCGGGCAUCUUCUCGGUGCCAGUCCAUCUUCACAAUUCUACUCUCAAUUCAUAGGCGCCUUCUUCUCUAUCGUUCUCGCACCCACCCUCUUUGUUCUCUUCUCGCAGGCGUACCCGUGUAUCAUUGACCUCAACGCCAAAACUUGCGAAUUCGGAGCUCCUUCAGUUGGCGCAUGGCGGGCAGUUGCGAUCGCAGUGACUUCGCGCGGAUCAUUACCUAUCCCUCGCUCAUCAUGGAUUUUUGCCAUCUGCUUUUCCAUACUUGGAAUGCUCGUCACCAUAGGAAAGUAUAAGCUUUUGAGACCUUCGGCCCAGAAGUGGGUUCCCAAUAUGAAUGCAGUUGGAUUGGGUUUUAUUGUCAACUUUACGGGUUAUGCAAGUGCUAUGGCUAUCGCUUCCAUGUUAACGUUUGUAUGGCAGCGAAAAUCAAGUCGGACAUAUGAACUUUAUGCAUACUCUUUGGCAGCUGGACUGAUGUCAGGGGAAGGAUUGGGUGGAGUUGUUAAUGCAUUAUUCGCGGUUAUUGGGAUUGAUGGUUCAAAGUAUGGAUCUGCAGCCUUAUGUCCUGGAAAUGUUUAUUGCGGAUAAAGUAAAACAAACUAAUUUCCUAAAUGAAUUUAAUCCAGACAAGAAAUCUAUUAUUCUAUUAGAAAUAUGUUUUUAUUAUGAUAAAGUAUAUAGAUGUACCUAGGAUUAAAUAGACAAGAGUGUAAAAGUGUGUUUCUUGGGUUCAAUGAUUUUUUUAUAUCUUUUGAUUUAUUCUUUUGGGUUUUUCUUAGCUAAAUGGAGUCUGAGACAAUGAAACAAGCAUAUAAC